GAUGUUAGGAAUCACGUCUAAUUCUAAUUCAGCAGCUCGUGAACAAAGUCAAAGAGAUCAUAAAUUCAGCAAAUCAUUGAUGGCUGAUCACAGAGGACGACUUAUUCGGCGAAGGUGCAUAUGUUACGGUAAAUCUGAUUAAUUGAAAAUUAUUAAUAAUUUUGCUAAAUUAUUAAUAAUUACCACACGUUUUGGUAAAUGUGAAUAAUCGAUCGAAAUUUAUCACUUUUAGUAGUGAUUAUUAAUAAUUCACGACACAUAUUGGUGAAAGUAAUAAAAUAAAUAUAAACCCUAUGUUUUUUGACCAGCAUGUAUUUAUUUAUAAUAUUAAACACCGUCUUACGAUUAUAUUAAUUAGAGAUCACACAAACAAGGUUGCUUGUACUUGCUUUAAACCAAAAGGACAACAAAUUCACAUAUUCUGCGCGUAAGUGCGGCUCUGCGGACGGCAAGUAGGGGUAGCUCGCCGCCCGACCAGAACCAGACCCGUGCGUGCGGCGCGUCGAGUUCUGCGCGCGCCUCAAAGAGCCAUCAGAUCACCACAGAUGGGGCCCAGUAGGGCUGAUGCAUGAUCCGGAGCUGCGGACUACCUAGCGGGUUUACCGGGGCUCCGGCUCGAAAAUCAGGAGUAAGAACGGGGUGGUUUUUAGUCAGUAAAAGUCUGACACUCCCUCUCACCUCGCCAAAAAGGGCACAUUUAUCACAAAAUUAACAAUAAAAUUCUUUUAAAAUCAAAUUACCAUGAAACUUAUGCAAAAAAGUCUAUCGUGGUACAUAAAAUUGUAACAAAAAUAAAAUUAAACAAUUAUUGUUUCAUUAACAAAAUCAACACGAAUCCUAAAAGCAAUCAUCAAUAAUCACAUUUGGUUUGCCUGUAAAUCUUCUGUAGCAUCUAUAAAUGCAUCAAAUUAAAAAUUUUAAAGUAUUAUCAUAGAAUUCAACAAAUAUUUGUUGUGUAAGUACAAUAUAUUGCCUUUUAAAUUGAAAUAAAAAUAACAUCUUGGCCACUUAUUACAUUUAUCACUACUAGGGUAAAAUUAUUAAUAAUAAGCGACAAAUGUGAUUAAUUUAUCACUUUUACCUCGAGUUUCGGUAAUUAUUAAUAAUAGUAGAUAAUUAUUAAUAAUUUUCAAUUAUUCACUCUUACCGUAACACAUACAUUGUUAUGAGAGGAACCGAGCUGCUGGACUAUCUGCAAAGGCCGCCAGAGACCGAACAAAAAAAGUGAAUACCGUGUGUCUAAAAUGCCCGACUCAACCUAGUGUUUGUGGUCAAUGUUACGGAGAAAUUCACAUUUUCGUAAACAGAAAUUAAACUUUAAUUUUCUAUGAUUAUAUUUUCAUAUAAUUUCUCUUUUUUUAUUUUGUAUCAAAACAAUUUCUUUUCUUUGAUUUCAUUUUUAACCCCGACGCAAAAAGAGGGGUGAGAUAACGUCGUGGAUACCGAGCAAGUGACAUCUUACCCAACAGAGUUUCUCAACUCCUUAGAGUUAUCAAGAGUGCCUUCUCAUAAGUUGAGGCUGAAAGUUGGUGUUGCUGUGAUGUUUAUGAGAAACCUAGAUCCACCAAGGCUAUGUAACGGCACACGGUUACAAUUAACCUAUUUAGGAAGGAAUGUCAUUAAAGCCGUUAUUAUGACUAGAAUGGCAAAAGGCGAAACUGUAAUUAUUCCCCGCAUUCCCAUUAUUCCAACUGAUUUGCCAUUCCAAUUCAAAAGAGUUCAGUUUUCGCUGAAAACUGCGUUUGCAAUGACAAUAAAUAAAGCCCAAGGGCAAACGCUAAAAGUUGGGGGGGUACAUCUUGAAAAAGACUGUUUCUCCCAUGGACAACUCUACGUUGCGUGCUCAAGAGUGUCGACACCACAAAACCUUUUUAAUUAAUAACUGGUAAAAAGGCAAAAUACCUAACAUCCUUUCUUCCUCCUCUCCAGAGUAAAAUGAAAUUGUAACUGCGCUGUUGAGUCUGUCGAUCACACUCAUUCGAGGAUCUGAACGACACACUCUGCAACGCAGAAAUUGUCCUCUAGGAUUAAGAAUGAUUGGUCAACUAGAACAAUAAGAUGCAGUAUGAUGUACAUAGUGGUAGUAUAAGGAUUAAAUGAUAACAAAGAAAAAAAAAUUAAGUGAAGAAGAACUUAUGAGCAUUUUUAAGUCAGGUGUUGAUGUUUUAUCGGUAAGGAGAUUAAAACGAUUAAUACCAGAAGGGAAAUGGGUCGAUUGUGAGUCUGUCAGAAUCUGUUUUAAAAGUAAUGUGCUUCCGCAAUAUAUUUAUGCCUACGAUUGCAGAUUUAAAGUUGAAAAAUAUGUAUUUCCUGUAACGCAAUGCUCAGGCUGUUGGCAAUUUGGCCAUAUCAUUAAAUUUUGCCCCACGAAAAAAGUCAUAUGCCCAAAAUGUGGAGGAAGUUAUGAAAAUUGUGACAUAAAAGACUUUCUAUGUUUAAACUGCAAGGGGAAUCACUUCGUUCUGGAUAAAAGUGUCCUAUUUAUCUAAAAGAAAAAUCCAUCAGGAAUAUUAUGAGUGAAGAGCAAGUUACAUACAGAAGAGCCUUACAAAUUUUAAAAGAGAAAAAAGGAGAACAAAUAUCAAAUGAGAUCUCACAGGAAAAUAAUGACAAUCAAUUUGCAAUCGUCACUAACAACGAGAAAGAAACCUAUAGUAAUGUACUGACAAGGGCGUUAAUACAUCAAGAACCAAUAACAAAUAGAAAAGAAGAACAGAUAGAUGAUACGAGCAUAGACAAACAGCAAAAUAUCAAAAGUUCAAAACAAAAAUCAAAUAAACAGAAUAAGUAUCAAAACCAAAAUAAAACACCAUUAGAACAACCAAUGAUUGAAGAAAUAGACGAUAAGCAGGAAGGAAAAAGAAGUAAUAAGCAUAGUUCACAAUGGUUAUAUAAACUUGAUUGGGCAAAGAUAUGGAUGAAAAUAAAGAAUAUCUGCAAAUCUAAACUGAAACUCGAAGAAAAAGCAAUGUCAUUGUUAAAAAUUAUUGGAGAAGAACUAAAGAAUUUUUUGAUCAAUAUAAUAUUUGAAGAAGACAUUUUAGGACAUUUAAACUUUUUCAAUAAUGGAUAGUUUUCAAAAAGUUAAAUAAUUUUUAUAUAUGAUUAGGUGAGUGUAAAUUAGAUAAUUAGUACGAUGGGGUUGACGUAUUCAUUUGGAUAAAAACCCCUUAAAUAAUAAAGAAAAAAAAAGAAUAUACAUAAUAAUAGUAAUUAAGAAUAAUAAUGGACUCACGUAGUUUAAGUUUAAUUUUAAGAAAACGAGCAUUCAAACGCAGAGCUCAUUAUGUUGAUUUUUGAAGAGUUCCCUAGAAUAUCUUCCACAUCUCAUUUUUGAAGAGAUCCCGCGAGAUCGGGAACUAUGUGGUUAAAACCAAACAUUUGCCGGAAGUCACUAUUCCACGCGAACGAAGUCGCGGGCAAAAGCUAUUUAUUAUUAAAUAUAGAGAUAUCGGCUGCUUUUGUGGUGACUUAAGAAGUCAAUGUGAAUGUUUUUCACCAAAGUCACAUUCAGUUGUACUUAGUUCGGAUAACAUAAAAAACUCGUCUGAAAUUCGCCCCUCAAGUUCAAAAAGUUUAUCGACAUUUGUUGAAGAAAUCCCCCAAAACGUUAAAGAGAAGUACGAUAUAGAAACUGACACUUGUUUAUCUUUGAAACCUACUAUAGAAAUGUAUUUGGAACCAAAUUUCAAAAUAAAUAAUUAGACUUCAAAAGAUUAUAAAAUUGAGAAAGAGCCGGACGAGGGAUUCAAAAAAGUGAUAAGAGCCAAUCCGUAAAAAAAUUAACGUAAGAAAAAAGUACUGUCACAAAAUUUUACAAACAGUUUACAAGACUAUCUCAUACUCUAUUGAAUGCAUAUUUUUUUAUUAUACAUUAUAGAUCAUUAACUUUUAAAAAAUUUAAUAAUGGAGUCCAUUGUUGUUAAUUUAACCGAAUAAAAAUUUAAAAUAAGAAGCAAAAACGAACAUUUUAGCGUGUCACACCUCCUGUCACUAACUUUAAUUAACCGAAGUUCAAGGUUUUUUAUACAUACUUCAGCGUUUUUUGGGCGCUUUUGAAGAAUAUUGCUUUUUCUUAAUUAUAAUAUUAAUUUUACUUAUUAAUUUUAUGGUAUUACAACAAAAUUCAUGAAAUUAAAUGAUAAUCAAAUUAGCACCAAGGUGGACAUUCCACUUUUGUCACUACGGUUUUAUUUGCUUUCCGUUUUAAAAAACUACCAAAACAAGUUUUUUUAUUAUAGUGGUAACAUUAUUGUAGUAGAUCAGCCAUUUAUUUUUACCCAUCGUACAGUUGUGACGCAGUGAUCGGUGACGAAAGCCGUGUUGUUAAUUACGUAGUCGAUUAAGGAAUCCACUAUAGUCACAGCUAUAACGUGAUACCGUUUAUUUUUUAUAUGAUGGCCCUAACACCUGCUGAACGGGCUAAACGAUACCGUGAAAAUCUGAAAUUAAAUAAAGAAAAAUAUGAGGCACAGAGAAAGAAACAAAUAGAACGAGUUAAGAAGAGCCAAAAGAAAAUAAGGGAGUUGAGCGAUCGGGAAAAAGAGGAGCGAAGAAAAAUUUGGAGAGAACAGAAAAAAAAGCAAAGGGAUGCCAAAAAACAAGCUGUAGAGGUAGUCGUACCUUUAACAAGUCAAAAUCAAAGAACGGUUGACUUAGGCUCGUCGAAAAAAUAUCGAUACAUCGAUAUAUCGAUAUUAUUUUUUCAAUGUAUCGAUAUUUUUGAGCGAUAUUUAAUGUUUCGAUGUAUCGAGGUAUCGAUAUAAAAUUAAAAGUAUUGAAAAGGUAUAAAAAUCGAUAUUUUUUAUAAUUAAAAAAUCCUAAAAAAGAAUACUUUUUUUAUAUUAACAUUUUUUAACAAAUUACAUUUUUUUUGCCUUUGGUCGACUCGAUUUACUGCGUUUUAAUUUGGUACUUAAGUUGGCUUUUAAGUUGGCAACUCUGUCUGUCUGUGUCAAUGUCAUUUCAGUGUCAGUGUCUGUGCUUCAACUAUCCUUCUGUUAUCCGUAUUAUAACCUCAACGCGAGCGUAUUUCUGCCUACAUUUGUGUUGAUUAUAGUUCUCAAACAAUCUAACUAAUUAAAUCAAUAAUUAAUUCACGUAUGUGAACAAAAUAAUUCGAGCAUUCCAGUCAUGUCUAGUGUUGUAUGGAACUUUUUCAAAAAAAUAGACAGACAAAACGUUUCCUGUAAUGUGUGUGGGAAAAUAUAUAAAACCAGUGGCAAUACGACGAAUUUAUCUACACAUCUUAAAAAUAAGCAUCACCAUGCGUUUUUGCAACUUAAAAAUAAAAACUCAAGGUCAAGUGAAGUGAAUAUUACACCAAGAACAAGAACUAGUUCACCUGUUUCGUCUACUAAUUCAACUAUUACCAAUACUAAUAAACCUGCUGAGAUAGAAAAUAACUUCAUGGAAUUGUCUGAAAUUGCGAUUGACGAUGAUACUGGUACUGAAUCCUCCAAAGAUGGUCAGAGUAAAGACUUGUGGAAACAGACUACACUCAUAGAUAUGUUUGAAAGAAGUUCAAGCUAUGAAGCAGGGGGUCAUAAAACUAGCCAAAUAAAUCAAGCUUUGAUGUACAUGAUUUGCAAAGACAACAUGCCUCUAUCUUGUGUAGAAAAAUCAGGAUUGAAAAGAUUUAUGAGCGUCAUUUGUCCACGCUAUAAAAUUCCAUCACGAACUACUAUAACUGGCCUCAUGGAACAACGAUACGCCACUACCAAAGCCAUUUUAAAACAAAAAUUAAGUGAGAUAAAUAAUGUUGCUUUAACAAGUGAUAUAUUAACUCUUACUAACUCGACACGAAGUUUCAUCGUAGUGACAGCACAUUUUCUUAACACAGCUAAUAACUGCACUCCUGAGCAUGAGAUGGUGACAUUGACAGCACGAAGAAUGUAUCAGGCGCACACAGCUGAUUAUAUAAAAGAAUGCUUUGAAAAUAUUACCGACGAGUUUGCAAUAGAAAAGGAUUGCAUCUUAUCAAUUACCACUGAUGGUGGUGCUAACAUGGUUGCUGCAGUGAAGAAAUUUUUGGAAGAUGGAAAAAGAAUUCCUUGCAUGGCGCAUUUGCUGAAUUUAAUAGUGGAUGGCGCAACAAGAGAUAAUGCACCAGUUCUUCAAAUUGCCAAUCGUGUCAAAGCCAUUGUUACAUAUUUUAAACAAUCUGUGAACGCAAUGGACGAUUUGCGAGCAGAACAAGAGGGACAAAAGAAAGAGGGAGAAGUGUUAACACUUAUACAAUCAGUAAGCACAAGGUGGAAUUCUUGUCUUGAUAUGUUGGAAAGAUUCAAUACAUUAUCAGCUAUUGUGGCUAAGAUUUUAGCAACUAGGCGGAAUGCACCUGAUAUGAUAACUUCUUCAGAGUUAAGUGUCAUACGAGAUCUGAUAAUAUUGCUUACCCCAUUUAAGCAAGCUACUGAAGAAAUUAGCGGCGAUCAGUACGUGACUUCUAGUUUGGCGAUUCCCAUUGCAAACUUACUUCAGAAAGGAUUUGAAGAAGUAAAACCUUUCACCGAAUUUGGUGUUGCUGUUCAGAAGAGUUUGCUAAACUUAGUUAUUGCCAAACUAGAACCACUAGAGCGACAUUUACAUCUUGCUAUAGCAACAAUUUUAGACCCUCGCUUUAAGCGUAUUCAUUUUAAUUCAGCACUAGCUGUUUCCACUGCAAUAACUGCAUUGUCAAAAGAAAUACGUUUAGAACAUGUCCUCUACGUCUAUACGUAGAGGACAACUUUCGCCUGAACUCAGACCCACAACCACAACCACUACCAUAAUUCCAAAUUCAGAAAAUUCUUCGCCGUCGUUGUGGUCCGGACAUGAAAAAAUUAUGAUAGAUAUUGCUGCAGCUGCAGCAACCUCCAGUUUACUUUCAACCAAGUGAUGGUAUGCCUAGCGAACUAAAGCAAUAUCUAGAUCAGCCUGUAAUACCCAGAAAAGAAAAUCCUACAAAAUUCUGGUUUGAUUGUCGUCAUUUUACUCCAGUCCUUUCCGACAUAGCUCUAAAGUAUUUGAUAUCGCCUGCGUCCUCGGUUUCCUCAGAGAGAGUGGCAUCUGCUGUAAAUCUUGCAGUACCCAAUAACUGAAGUCGGCUUACAGCCGAGCAUGUCAAUCAAAGAGUUUUUCUUAUGUCUGUAUCGGAUAAAUAUUGGUUUGAUUAAUAAAUAAUUAAUAUUUUUUAUUGUUGUCCUUGAUUUAAAAAAUUUAAAAAUGAUGUCUAUUGAUUAGUAUUUAUCUAGUAAUGUAAGAUGAUUGAAGUAGAUUAGGCCAAAUAUUUUUUUCCCUAUCACACCGAUAUAUCGAUAUAUCGAUAUUUUUGAAUAAAAAUAUCAAUAUCGAUAUUGAUAUAUUCAAAAAUUAUCGAUACAAUAUAUAUCGAUACUUUAUUGCAUUUCCGACAUCCCUAGGUUGACUAUUUAUUUAUUUAUUUAUUUAUUUGAAUAGAACGGUACAAGCCAAUAACACUAAAUACCUUACAAAAAUUUAAAAAUAUAAAAUUCAGAAAAUUAAUAUAAAUAUUAAUUAUUAAAUAUUCAUUCAUCCAUCUCUUUCGCAAAACUUCAAACAUUCCGACAAAAAUAAUCUUCUUUCACUCGAAAACACGUCACACUCUGGCUUUGAAUCCAGGAAUCGGUUUAAAAGUUUCAUAGUGUGUUUACUAUAAAAGAAAAUAUAGUAACUUAGCUAAUAAGUACAAAACUGUUGUAAAACAAUUAAAAAAACUAAGAACCCUCAAUGCAAAUUUAGUUUUAAAAAGCGUAAAACUUUAAGUCAAACCAAAGAAAAAUACCAGAAAGAAAUCAAUCUAAAAACAGAAGAAAAUGAUAAGCUGAAAGUGAGACAUGAACUGCUAGAAGUAUCAUUAGGCGAGAAAUAUAAAGACUGUAAAAGACACGAACAAAAAAAGAUAUUGCGUUCAAUUGGAAUGUCUAAGAGUGUUCUCCAAAAAAGAGGAUCAAAGGCACUGGUAUCAAAGUGUUUAGGGCUUAAAGGUAGCAUUAGAUUUACCAGCAAUAGAAAAUAUAAUAUAAGCAAGAACAUAGAAGAAGAAAUUGAAGUUUUUUACAACCGGGAUGAAAUUAGCAGAUCUACAUCCGGAAAGCGUGAGUGCAAAACAAAAUGUAAGAAAAAGAUGCAAAUACGGUAUUUAACCGAUACUUUAAUUAACCUAUACCAAAUAUAUAAAAGCGAAGGAGGGAAAUAUAGUUUGUCAACGUUUUGUAAAUACAAACCGUUUUAUGUCUUGUCACCGACACGUGCUUCGCGGGACACGUGUCUAUGUGUGAAACACAGUAAUUUUGAAUAUUUAGUAACAGCUCUAAAAAAAUAUACUUUUCCUGCUGUUGUAUUCAAGGGAACCAAAGAUCUCAUAGAAUUAACUUCUUGUGACAUAAAGUCAUUUAAAUGUAUGUACGGUUUGUGUGAUAAAUGCAAAAAUAAAAAUAAUAGUUUCGAAGCUAAUAAUAUCUACACUGAAGUCGAAUGGUGGCAGUGGAAGCGCGCAAACACAACUUAUAAAAAAAACAAUAAUGACAUCACAGCCAAAGUAACAAAAAGAGUAAAAAUAACAGGUACAUUACAGGACUUAAUAUGCGAGUAUCUAAAACAAUUUCCUUUAUUCAAAAAGCAUUUUUUUAACUUUCAAGAGCAACAGCGUCAAUACAGAAUGUGUGUUGAAAAUUUGAAACCAUUUGAAUGCGCAAUUCUGAUGGACUUUUCGGAAAACUACGACUGUAAGUUGUCAGAAGAAAUUCAGGCACUUCAUUUCGGUGGAUCAAAAAAUUCGAUAACCCUUCAUACAGGUAUGAUUUACACGCACACACGAUGUCAAUCUUUUGUGACGUUAUCAGACAGCAACUGCCAUGAACCCCACGCCAUUUGGGCACACCUUAUUCCAAUUAUUAAGUUAACCAAACAAAUGU